AUGAGUUCCGGCAAUGACGACUAUUCACGUGAUGCCUCACACACCAAUAGAGAUCAUGAGGGUGAAGGGCCUGAGCAUGGAGAUACCAGGGACACUAAGUCCCCUGCUCGGACCGUCAAUAAGGAAUGGAACGAUCUUCUCGAUCACGACUGGGAUUCUUUCUUCACUUGGGGUCCCGAUGUCGGUUCUCUCAGCGGUAUCCAGUAUGGCCCCAGUACAGGAGGGCUAGCAAGAGAGCCAGUGCAGACCAGGCAGUCCGCAACAGUCAUUGAAGGACCGCCUGGCAAUGUCGAAUUGACAGCCAGACACAAGACUAAUAAGAUCUGUGCAGUCUGCUCCUGGACCUUGCGUUACCCCAAGGACCUCGUCCGGCACCAGAAGACGCACAGCAAAGCCAGACUAUUCUACUGCCCACACGAAGGAUGCGAGUAUGCUUCGAAAGGCUUUCUACGGAAGGACUCACUCAAUCGGCACAUUCGCAAAGUCCACUCGAGCCAAUCGGGAUGA